ACUGUUAAAUAUCGCAUAAAUAUAUACAUUUUAUUCUUAUUAUUUACACAAAGAUUGCGGGGGUCGUUUUCCUUGCACGGGCACGAGGAUGAACAUAUUUGGAGGUCCGUUGCAUUUAGAGGUUGAAAACCCCUGGAUCAGACCAUUCCGUUAUAUUUAAAUACGUCAAGCGCUGCAGCCAAUCAGCGUGAAGAGAGGGGCGUACCCAAAUGAGGAAAACCCGAAUGACGGAAACAUCAUACCUAGCGGCGCUGCCUCCUGCUUCAACCUCACGGUACCAUGAAAUUCAUCUACACGCUCUCUAAUUAACGCAUCGGAUGGCCCUAUGGAUGUAUCCGGGAACGAACUGCAGAUAGCGAACUACUUAGCUUAGCAAAAGCGGGAUACAAAAUGAGCAACAUUCUGCAUGCGGCAUCAACGGGGAAAUGGGACCGGAGCACUGCGGCGAAGAGAGCGCUGUUCCUGGCGGCCGCCGCAUACGGGGCGAAAACCCUCUACCCCAUCCUCUGCAGACAACUCCAACAACGCAAAACGAGCAGGAACCACACGCCAGCCGCGGGACACGAAAACGGCUCGUUAGCCAUCCACAAAGCUCCACCGGAGACUUUGAGCACCGUUAAAUCGCCCGGUGUCGACGCGGAAUUCUUCAAGCAGAUUCUCGCACUGGUCAAAAUCGUUUUCCCGAGGUUCAUCACCAAGGAGCUGGGCUUGCUAUGUUUGCAUUCGGUGGCGUUAGUGUCACGGACGUUUUUGUCUAUUUACGUGGCCGGUUUGGACGGCAAAAUAGUGAAGACGAUCGUGGAGAAGCAGCCGCGGAGCUUCAUGAUCAAACUGAUGAAAUGGCUCCUGAUCGCCAUACCGGCGACAUUCGUCAACAGCGCGAUCCGUUAUCUGGAGUGCAAGCUGGCGCUCGCGUUCCGCACGCGUCUGGUGGAUCACGCGUACAAGACCUACUUCACCGACCAGACCUACUAUAAGGUCAGCAAUAUGGACGGGAGGCUGGCGAACCCCGACCAGUCGCUGACCGAGGAUGUGAUGAUGUUCUCGCAGUCCAUCGCGCAUCUGUACUCGAACCUCACUAAGCCCAUCCUGGACGUGAUUCUGACUUCGUACACGUUGAUACAGACGGCGCGGUCCCGGGGGGCGAACGCGAGCGGGCCCACGCUGCUGGCCGGUCUGGUGGUGUUCGCCACGGCGAAGGUCCUGCGCGCCUGCUCGCCCCGCUUCGGGAAGCUGGUGGCGGAGGAGGCUCACCGGAAGGGCUACCUGAGAUAUGUGCACUCUAGGAUCAUCGCCAACGCCGAGGAGAUCGCCUUCUAUAGGGGACACAAGGUGGAGAUGAAGCAGCUGCAGAAGUGUUACAGCGCUCUGGCCGAGCAGAUGAACCUGAUCCUGUCGAAGCGCCUGUGGUACAUCAUGAUCGAGCAGUUCCUCAUGAAGUACGUGUGGAGUGGAAGCGGCCUGGUUAUGGUCGCUGUGCCCAUCAUCACUGCUACUGGCUUUGCUGACAAUGAGCUGGCUGACGGUCAGACACAAGUGCUGGUCAGUGAAAGGACAGAGGCCUUUACCACAGCACGCAAUCUGCUGGCCUCAGGAGCCGAUGCUAUUGAGCGGAUCAUGUCGUCUUAUAAAGAGGUCACUGAGCUGGCAGGUUACACGGCACGAGUGCACAACAUGUUCCUGGUGUUCGACGAAGUCCAGAGGGGCCUCUACAAACGUUCAUCUGCCGCCUGCAGCACAGGAGAGAUGAUAAGCGGAGACCAGGCCGAGAUGCAUAUCGACGGGCCUCGACAAAUCAAAG